AACAAAGCACCAUUCCCAUUUUAUAGAUGUAAAAACUGAACACAAGGAGGUAAAGGAGCUUGCCAGAAGUCAAGCAGUCAAGUGGUAACUGGGAUUUGAACCCAGGAAGUCUGACAGCAAAAUUUGCUCUUAGUGAUUAUGCUGCCUCUUAGUAAGUAUAGGAGCAGAAAUUCAAAUCCAAAUUCAAUUUAGACUGUGCUAAGUGAUAAUUUCCUAUUUUCAGUAUUUUGUUAGUCUUACUCCCUCACUCCUAUAUUUGAAGUAAUUGGACCAUCAAGCAGAUUUUGAAACUCUUUUAUAAAGGAACAUUUAAUUGUUAGAGUUUUGACUUGGGUUUCUUUUAACUUAUAACAUUACUAGAUGUUUAGACCUUUACAUUAAGUUUGCCCUAAGUGGAAUUUCUUUAGAAAUUGCUAACCUCUCACUUGGAAAAGAGCAACACCAGCAUUUCUCAGCUCAGAAUAGAAGUAUCUUUGGUAUUUGAUCUUCUGAACUGGCUUACACUUUGGUGUGUCAUGGUUCCUGCUAGCUUAGCCUCUAGUUUUUUAUCCAAAGUCUAUUAUUAUGUCUUGCUUUUUCUUGAAGGAAUCUGCAUUCUGUAUAGAUAAGAAGACCUUUCAAAUUUUAUUGACUUAAAGUUGUAUGAAACACAUUUUGUUUGAAAGGGUGGGAGUUAAUUUUGCUUUGGGCAGAUUAUUGUAACUAUUUCUCAUUAAUUGGGGCAAACACCCUGAUAUAAAAAGCAAAUUAAGCUGCUUUGAUUAUUGUAUUAGUCAGGGUUCUCCAGGAAAAUAGAACCGACAGGCAAUACAUAUGUAUAUUAUGUAAAUAUUAUGAGUUUUAUUAUAGGAAUUGACUCGGGCAUCUGUAGGGAUCACCAUUUUUAUUUGUCCUUUGUAUCGUGGAUUUUGCAAGUGCUUUGAAGUCGCUGGACUAACACAGUUUAAAAGUGUUCUUUUUCAUUCAUUGACACACUUAGAAAUUAUCAGGAGGGUGAUAUUUCUGUAUUUUACAUUUAAGAGGAUGGAUUGGUGAUAUUUAUAGGGAAAGCUCAGUGUGGGCAGGAAAACUUGAUAAGAAAUCAGCUAGUUUCUUUCCCAAACAGUUAAAAAGUGUACAUUAGAUCUCAGCACCAAGUUUAUUUGAAGGUAGAGGGAAAGGCACAAUUGUUGGAGAGGGGUGAGGCAAGAUCUUUGGGAGAAAAGCCCUGUGGGACAGAGAAUAGAUAUUUAAAAUAAUGUUAAUAUUGCAUUGUUAAAAUUGGAAACAAUUUUACUUAACCUAUUUCCCUGAAAUAAGGUAUGUGAAAAUUUGAAAAUGCUGCAAUAUGUGCAAACAUAAAGUAGUGAUGCUAUUACCACAGGGUACUACUAGGUAGAAGGAAGGCUGGAGGGUUAUUCAGCACAUUGCUGUAGGUUCAUCUUGGGAACACAAGCUCAGGCACAACAAAGACUUUCAGUAAAUGACUGCUUUAUUACUUACACAGCACAAAGGGUGCCAAAGAGCAGGGGAGGAGAUCCUGUAAUGGCUGGUCCCUCUGGCAGACCAAGUGCUCCGGUCUGGGUCCGUGGGUAUCAGCUCGGCACAACCUCUUUGAGUAGGAGAGGAGGGAUGCCUGUGCUGCCCAAGGGGAAGGGGGCCCUGCUGCUGAGCAGAAAGCAAAUAACAAGCAACCUUUGUGCAGAAUUCCCAGUCUGAUAAGCAGCUGGACCUGCUUGUUUCCAGGGUCCAGUUCAGGCCAUUCCGUUAGACCUAAGGUCUCCCUCUAGGCUGCGAAAUGGAAACAUACUGAACUAUCUGCACACAAAGAAGAGGAGGGGUGUAGGUGAGGCCUCGGAGAUGUGCUGGGAAAUGGCUGCUGAGUGUUGGUGACUUCCCCAGCAAGGGAUUGGAGUCCCUGAGUUGAGUGGACUAUGCCAUUGGGUAACUCGAUGGUAGAGAUAUUGGAAGGUUAUGAGCAGAGUAGGGCCCUUCAAGUCGAGGUUGGGGUCAUCAAUGCUAGUGAUUGGAAUUGAGAUUGUUAAGAUACAAGGCCAGUGAGUUGUUGGCAUAGAUGCCAAAGCUCUGGAGUGGGGAUGAUGGCGUGGGAUGGGAAGAAUAGUUAUGAGGUUGAUCAGGAAGUUGGAAAUGCCUUUGGAUCAUUAGGUAACAGCAUUGGUGAUGGUUUGGAGAGAUUGGUAAAAGUAAAGGAUUCUGAAGGCUCAAAGACACUGGAUAUUGAGGAGAAAGCUUCUUACUCCCACUUAGUUCCCAUUUCCCAGCCUGGAGUCCCAGUGAUGUGAUAGUGAUAGUGAGGCCUGGUCAUGGUUAGCCCCUAAAGAAUUGAUUUUUCAUUUCUGGAUAUUUGUCAUGCGGAAUUGAAAAAUCUAACAUAAUUAUGCUUUAUAAAUACAGGAUUCCAACAGAAAAAUUUCUUUGGCAUACAUCAAAAAAGGAAUCUAGGCAGUUAGAGCCAUUACAUUGUCUACCAAGGUAACCAUAUAUCCCAGCUUGCCCAGAACUGAGGGGUUUCUCCAGAUAGUCCCUGGGUAAACCUGGACGAGUUAGUCACCCUAUUGUUUCCUGUUCCAUUUCAUAAGUUAUGUUGAAACGAUCAACAAUAUCUUUUUAAAAUUAACUUUAAAGUAAUGUUUCUAGAUGAUUUAAAAUUAAAUCUCAUAUUUUAUAAUUUAUGUUUUUAUGAAAUAACUUAUUUUCUGCUUUAGAGUUGCUGAAUCUUGGAUAAUUUAGGGGGAGGGAGACAUAGUUAACCCAUUUCUCAUUAUCUUUGCCACAUUCUUAAAUUUUGUGCUCUUGAUACAAUAGCUUUACCUAAAUGUGGGCUUUCUAACCUCCCAGGUUCCACAUUCAUUAAAUGUUUUUUGAUUAGACUUUUCUAGCCUCUAUCUUGUUACUGAGUUGUUUCUGUAUUUUAAUACAGGCAGAAAUGUGACAGUAUUUUUCUGGCCUAGUACACAAAAUGAAUCAGAUGUUCUCUUUUUUUUUAAAAAGUUUGCUUCUGACUUAAGAAUGACUUCUUGAAUAAGGCAAUUAAUAUAUCUUUAACCUUAGAGGACUGGAAAUGUAGCUUAUAUCUACAUUCAGGACUUGCCUCUUUUAUUUGCAAUUGAAUAAUAAUGAACCUUUAUACAACCCUGUGGUAUUUUUAAGGGUUUGAACUGGACUUAAUCAAUUUAGAUAUAACUAGCCAUAUCCCCUGGGCAUAGAUUAUGACCUUUAACACUUGAAUGAAUAACCAGAUUUUCCAUUAAAGUUUAAUAUUCAGACUUUGCUUUUCUCUUUUGACACAAGGACUUUGUAAAUUCCUGAACCCGAAAUAAUCAUACAGUUCUUCCCUGUUCUUACACCAUGGGGACUAGAGACAGCUGGAGAAAAGUCAUACCACCAUGCAGAUUGUCACUGAUGGUUUGUGAUAAGCACCCAUAUCUGAUUAUUACUGCUCAGCAGUAGCUGGAAAUAGUUAGAAACUGUCUCUGAUUUUUACUCAGUGUUUAUUCCAGAAUGUCUCCUUCAUUAAACAAGCCCAUCCUCUCCCUCGAAUUUUAUACCACCUAUAUAAAUUGUGACUCCAAAAUAUUUCUUCUCCAUAGACGUUUUUAUGAGCUGUAUACUUCUGUAUCUGUCUAUUAAAUGUUUCCACCUGGAUAUUAACAGGUUUUUAUGAACAACAUGUCCAAAUGAAACUUUUCCUUUUAUUAUAAACUUCCCUUCUCCCACAAUAAGAACAGUAAGUAGUCUUUACUUAGUGAUUACUUUCUGCCAUACACUUCAAGUGCUAAGCAUUUUACAUGUAUUAUCUCAUUUAAUCUUCUUAUGACCUGCAGUAGAUGCCUUUGUUCUUCGUAUUCUACUGAUAUAGAAAAUGAGCCAUGGAGAAGUUUACUUGGUCACAUAGGGCUUAAGUAGUAGAAUUGGAGAUGAAAUCCAGCUAGUCUGACUCUGGAGUCAGCGCUUGAAAGCUGUGCAGUAUCGUCUCCCCAAAUUUUCUCUCCUUCUUCUACUCUCUAACCUGUUUAUGACAGCACCAUCAUCUACCCAGGUAGUAAAGGGGAAAUUUUAGUUGUUCAGAUUCCUUUCUCUUUCUAACCCUCGGUUGUCCCAUAAUCAUCUGGUCAAAGAUCUGGUACAUAACAGUUUUUUCAUUUCCACUAUCAGUGCCCAGUUUGGAUAAACUUACUAUCUUAAAUCUAAUCUCUCUGUUGCCAAAAUUAUUUUUCCAAAAUGCAAGUCUCAUUACUAAUAAAAUUUUAAACUAAUGUGGAUGGUAUAUAUAGAACCUUAUAUAAACUACUGUGUAAGGUCCUGUGCAAUUUAGACUCUGCCUUGUUUGCCAGUUAAAGCCUCACUUUACACUAUCCUUAUUUUCCAUUGUCCAGCCAUACCAGCAGUUCUCUGAAUGCUCCAUUCCUUCUCUUGUGGGUGAUGCUUGUAGAAUCGCACUUCAAGAUGCAAUUUACUUAAAGGUUUUCUUCUCUGUGACCUCUUUGCCGAUCUCUAUUGCAUUAACUACUUUCACUUGUGUGCCCAGAUACUCUGCUCUACAUUUUACAUCUGUUUUAGAAACUGUCAGGCUGAACGCUGUUUAUUUGUUUACAGGUUUGUCUCCUCAGUAGACUAUGAGCUCCUUGAAAGAAGGAAAAGUGUCUUACUCAUCUUUGUAUCUCCAGUGUCUAGCACAGUUCCUGGUACAUAGUUUAAGCUGAAUUUUGUGACAUGGCCACUGCUUCACCAAGGUCUGAAACUAGUAAUAACCACAGUGGAAGGUUACAGUUACAGGUAACUGUUUCUAGUGCCAAACUAAAAAGAAAAAAGAACUGGUUUGGAACAGCAAUAUAUACAGAAGUAGUUGUAGAUCGAGAAAUUAAGAAAACAGCAAAAUCCAGUAGUUCUUCUAAUCCAAAAUGGGAUGAGCAAUUAACUGUAAAUGUGACCCCACAGACUACAUUGGAAUUUCGAGUUUGGAGUCAUCACACUUUAAAAGCAGAUGCUUUAUUAGGAAGAGCUGCAAUAGAUUUAAAACAAGCUCUGUUAAUUCACAAUAGAAAAUUGGAAAGAGUGAAGGAACAAUUAAAACUUUCCUUGGAAAACAAAAAUGGCCUAGUGCAAACUGGCGAAUUGACAGUUGUGCUUGAUGGAUUGGUGGUUGAGCAGGAAAAUCUAGCAAACUGCAGCUCAUCUCCAACCAUAGAAAUACAGCAAAAUGGUGAUGGCUUACAUGAAAAUGGAGAUACUUCAGCAAGGACAACUACCAGGUUGGCUGUGGAAGGUACUAACGGAAUAGAUAAUCAUGUACCUACAAACACUCUAGUCCGAAACUCAUGCUGUUCAUAUGUAAUUAAUGGAGACAGCACACCUUCAUCUCCGUCUCAGGUUGCUGCCAGACCCAAAAAUGCACCAGCUCCAAAACCACUCACAUUUGAGCCUGCCAAUGACACUGUUAAUGGCGAGUCAUCCUCAUCUGCACCAACUGAUAAUGCAUCGGCCACAGGGACUGCAGUAGUUUCUGAAGAAACUGCCUUGUCUUCAAAUUGCACUAGUACUACUGUUGAAGAUCCUCCAGUUCAAGAAGUACUGACUUCCUCAGAAAACAAUGAAUGUAUUCCUUCUACCAGUGAAGCAGUGGAAUCUGAAGCUAGAAGUAUGUUAGAUCCUGCUGCCUCUCAUUCUGGAAGUAGUUCUGUUUUUGAAGCAGCCAAAUUAAGACAGCCAGAUGGGUGUGGGGAAUCUGUAAGGCAACAGACUGGAAAUGCCAACACAGAAACUUUGCCAUCAGGGUGGGAACAGAGAAAAGAUCCUCAUGGUAGAACCUAUUAUGUAGAUCAUAACACCCGAACAACUACCUGGGAGCGACCACAGCCUUUGCCUCCGGGUUGGGAAAGAAGAGUCGAUGAUCGUGGAAGAGUUUAUUAUGUGGACCAUAACACCAGAACAACAACAUGGCAGCGACCCACCAUGGAAUCUGUCCGAAACUUUGAACAAUGGCAGUCUCAGCGGAACCAGUUACAGGGAGCUAUGCAACAGUUCAACCAACGAUACCUCUAUUCGGCUUCAAUGUUAGCUGCAGAAAACGACCCAUAUGGGCCUUUACCACCAGGCUGGGAAAAAAGAGUGGAUUCCACAGACAGGGUUUACUUUGUGAAUCAUAACACAAAAACAACACAAUGGGAAGAUCCAAGAACUCAAGGCCUACAGAAUGAAGAACCCCUGCCAGAAGGCUGGGAAAUUAGGUACACUCGAGAAGGUGUUAGGUACUUUGUUGAUCAUAACACAAGAACAACAACAUUCAAAGAUCCUCGCAAUGGGAAGUCAUCUGUAACGAAAGGUGGUCCACAAAUUGCUUAUGAACGCAGCUUUAGGUGGAAACUUGCUCAUUUCCGUUAUUUGUGCCAGUCUAAUGCACUGCCCAGUCACGUGAAGAUCAAUGUGUCCCGACAGACACUGUUUGAAGAUUCCUUCCAACAGAUUAUGGCAUUAAAACCAUAUGACUUGAGGAGGCGAUUAUAUGUAAUAUUUAGAGGAGAAGAAGGACUUGAUUAUGGUGGUCUAGCAAGAGAAUGGUUUUUCUUACUUUCACAUGAAGUUUUGAACCCAAUGUAUUGUUUAUUUGAGUAUGCUGGCAAGAACAACUACUGCCUGCAAAUAAAUCCAGCAUCAACCAUUAACCCAGAUCAUCUUUCAUACUUUUGCUUCAUUGGUCGCUUUAUCGCUAUGGCACUUUUUCAUGGAAAGUUUAUUGAUACUGGUUUCUCUUUACCAUUCUACAAGCGUAUGCUAAGUAAAAAACUUACUAUUAAGGAUUUGGAAUCCAUUGAUACUGAAUUUUAUAACUCCCUUAUCUGGAUAAGAGACAAUAAUAUUGAAGAAUGUGGUUUAGAAAUGUACUUUUCUGUUGACAUGGAGAUUUUGGGAAAAGUUACUUCACAUGAUCUGAAAUUGGGAGGUUCCAACAUCCUGGUGACUGAAGAGAACAAAGAUGAAUAUAUUGGUUUAAUGACAGAAUGGCGUUUUUCUCGAGGAGUGCAAGAACAGACCAAAGCUUUCCUUGACGGUUUUAAUGAAGUUGUUCCCCUUCAGUGGCUGCAGUACUUUGAUGAAAAGGAAUUAGAGGUUAUGUUGUGUGGCAUGCAGGAGGUUGACUUGGCAGAUUGGCAGAGAAAUACCGUUUAUCGGCAUUAUACAAGAAACAGCAAGCAAAUAAUUUGGUUUUGGCAGUUUGUGAAAGAGACAGACAAUGAAGUAAGAAUGCGACUACUGCAGUUUGUCACCGGAACCUGCCGUUUACCUCUAGGAGGGUUUGCUGAGCUUAUGGGAAGUAAUGGGCCUCAAAAAUUUUGCAUAGAAAAAGUUGGCAAAGACACCUGGUUACCAAGAAGUCACACGUGUUUUAAUCGCUUGGAUCUACCACCAUAUAAGAGUUAUGAACAACUAAAGGAAAAGCUGCUUUUUGCAAUAGAAGAGACAGAGGGAUUUGGACAAGAAUGAAUGUGGCUUCUUUGCUUGGAGGAGCGCUUGCAUUUAAAUACCCCAGGCAAGAAAAAUUGCACAGAUAAUGUAUAUAAGCUGUUCAUUCUGUAUAGUGAAUUUUUAAUCUCUCAAAGUAGGUUUUCCAUUUAGGUUUUCCAUUCUUCCACAGAAAUAUGCAAAACAGUUCAUCCUUUGCUACUUUAUUUAUUGUUCCCUUGAUGUGACUGACCAGGAAAAAGUUCAUCCUUAAAUUCUGGAGCAAGCAAAAGACUAUUGAAAAUAAUAAUUAUAUACCUACAUAAGCAUAUCUGAUAGUGGCUCUAGUUUUAUAGAGCUCUAAUUGUAUUAAACAUGACAGCUAUUCAUUCAAAAUAUCUGAAUUUGCUUUACCUUGUUUCUAUUAUCCAGGGAAGAAAGUACAAAUUAUUCCCCAUGUUCUGCUCCCUUACCAAACACCUAAGGGCGUUUAGUUGCAUGGCUGUUCAGGAAGGUAUUAAGGGCUUAGGCCAAAUCUUAAAUUGAGUUUGUUAAGAAAUGCUGCUGGCUUUUCUGAAAAAAACCUGUCAGUUUGUUUUAAAUAAACACAAUAGUUGAAAAUUUUCCCUCUUUGCUACAUCAGUAAUAAAAAGUAAUGAAUGAAACCUCACUUGCAUACCUCAUACUAGAAUUGGAAAGAAUUCCUCAAACAGCACAGAGGUGUGUUUACAUGUUACUUUGGAAUGCUGGCAUUUGUGGAAUUAAAAGAAUCAGGCACUGCUGUACUCUUGUCUCAAAUCUGUAAUGUUCUUUAACUGUAAUUCAUAAUAAAUUGAUGCAAUUUGAUACUUAGGAACACAAAA